GCUGCGCUCGCCCCCUCCCCCGCCCGGGCUGUGGCGCGCGCGCUCGUUUGCUCGCUCUCCCUUCAUUUUUUUCUCCCCUCCCUCCCAGCCUCUCUCUCUCUCUCCCUCUCUCUGUCUCUGUCUCUCUGUCUUCCCCUCUCUCUCUUCCCCUCGAGCUCCUGGCUGCCCGCGGCUCCCUCGCGCACUCCCUCUCUCUCCGGUAGGCUCCACCAAGCGAUGCUAGCUCUGGGAGACAGCGACACCGCCUCCCGCUAGAGACCUGCCCCUCGGCCCGGCCCCUUGCCCAGCCCUGCCCAGCGCGCGGAGGUCGGCGAAGGCGCCGCGGACGCACCGACGGCUGAGCACCCGCGAUGCACAUGCACUAGCAGCACCCCCUAACUCACUCCCUCCACACUCUGCGCCGCCGCCGCCUCCUCCACCUCCUCCGGCAGCAGCGGCAGAAGGACCCACCCUGCCCCCCACCCCACCCUCCGCCGGCUCCGGCUGCAGCUCCUGCCUCGACUAUUAUUUUAUUUAUUUUGGGUCGUGCACAAGCCUCAGUGCCUGCAGCCCGCGCUUCCUCGGACCGCGGGCGCCUCCUCCCUCGGCUCCGGAACCCCAGACCCCGGCCACCCUCGCCUCGACACCCCCAGAGCCCCGCCAGCUGCCGCGAGUCUCCGCGGCUGGAAUCUUGUCAGCGGCUCUCUUUUUGGGGGGGGUUCUGGUUUCCCGACAUUUUUGUUUUCAGCCAACGGGAGGCUAUCGUGAUUUUUUUCCCCUUUGAGCCCAGGCUCUGCUCUCUGGGGGGGGUGGGGGGCGCGCCAAGCCGGGGAGCCGUGCCAGCCGAGUCGUGCGGGCUGUGGCAGGGAAGGGGCCACCAUGGGAUGUACUCUGAGCGCAGAGGAGCGAGCCGCUCUCGAGCGGAGCAAGGCGAUUGAGAAAAACCUCAAAGAGGAUGGCAUCAGCGCCGCCAAAGAUGUGAAAUUACUCCUGCUGGGGGCUGGAGAAUCAGGAAAAAGCACCAUUGUGAAGCAGAUGAAGAUCAUCCAUGAAGAUGGCUUCUCUGGAGAAGACGUGAAACAGUAUAAGCCUGUUGUCUACAGCAACACCAUCCAGUCCCUGGCAGCCAUCGUCCGGGCCAUGGACACUUUGGGCAUCGAAUAUGGUGACAAGGAGAGAAAGGCCGAUGCCAAGAUGGUGUGCGACGUGGUAAGUCGGAUGGAAGACACGGAGCCCUUCUCCCCAGAGCUGCUGUCCGCCAUGAUGCGACUCUGGGGCGACUCCGGGAUCCAGGAGUGCUUCAACAGAUCCCGGGAGUAUCAGCUCAACGACUCUGCCAAAUACUACCUGGACAGCCUGGAUCGGAUCGGGGCAGCCGACUACCAGCCCACCGAGCAAGACAUCCUCCGAACCAGGGUCAAAACCACCGGCAUCGUAGAAACCCACUUCACGUUCAAGAACCUCCACUUCAGGCUGUUCGACGUCGGGGGCCAACGAUCUGAACGCAAAAAGUGGAUCCACUGCUUCGAGGACGUCACGGCCAUCAUCUUCUGCGUCGCGCUCAGCGGCUAUGACCAGGUGCUCCACGAAGACGAGACCACGAACCGCAUGCACGAAUCCCUGAAGCUCUUCGACAGUAUCUGCAACAACAAGUGGUUCACAGACACGUCCAUCAUCCUCUUUCUUAACAAGAAGGACAUCUUUGAAGAAAAGAUCAAGAAGUCCCCGCUAACCAUCUGCUUUCCUGAGUACACAGGCCCCAAUGCCUUCACGGAAGCCGUGGCUUAUAUCCAGGCCCAGUACGAGAGCAAGAACAAGUCAGCCCACAAGGAGAUCUACACCCACGUCACCUGUGCCACCGACACCAACAACAUCCAGUUUGUCUUUGACGCCGUGACGGACGUCAUCAUCGCCAAAAACCUUCGGGGCUGUGGCCUCUACUGAGCCUUGGCCUCGCCGCCCAGCCGCCCACUGCCCUCCCCAGCCUGCUGCCCGCCCCCCAGCCCUGGAACCAGAGCUCCACCACUUCCUGGACCACUUUCUGCACUUGACAAAGAAGCACCAGCGUCUGGCACCGAGAGGGGAGGAGGAAGCACCCUCACGGCCGCCCCAGCCCCAGACAUCAGAACACGUGGUAACGGGGCUGGCGGGGAGCCAAGUGCCCGCGCCACGCCUAGUUGGGCGGCUCAUGUCUGCGCGCUGUUCACUGACCUCUGCUUCAUCUCUGAGUGUUUUCCCCACCAGGGAGAGGGGUGUAGGGACCAAGGCCGCCGUUGAGCCCAGAAUGGGCAUGCUCGACACUUAGUGACUUGUGCUCAGAGUCCCAGGGUCUUCUCCUGUCUUUUGAGAUUGUGCAGGUGGUGGGGGUGGCCCUGGGACAAGGUGCUGGCAGGGGUGGGGCAGUGGGAGCCACUGCUCGGCUCUUCUGGGGGUCUCUCUGGUGGAGGGCAGCUCUGUCACCAAAAGCCAGGGUGGGGCCAGGCCAGCUAUGUGUGGGUCUGGGGGCUCCGUCCUUGACAAGUGCCUCCUUCCUCCUCCCCUGGGACCUCGGCCCCUUGACACAAGCCCUUCCUUCUCUGGGCCUUCUUUCCUUCAUACCCUUGGGGCUCCCCAGUGCCCUCCUGGGGAACCUCCAUCCCUGACUCCUCAUAGGUCUGGAAAUGUUUCUGAGACUGACUUCUGGCAAAAGCACGUGGCAGAUGGUAGGAGGGGUCGAGUCCUGUGGUGCCUGGACAAAGGUGGAGGAGGUAGAAGGCAAUGGGGGAGCGGACAGGAGAUGGAGGGGAAGUGGCUCUUGUGUUGACUAGGAUGGGGGCCUUGCGCCCAGUCUUUGCAGGCCCAAGGGUGACCGUCUACUUCUCCCAUCACCCAGGUCCCAGGUGGCCACUCAGGAGUGUGAGAUGUGCUUUUCCUUCUUGAGUUCACAGUGAAUCCAGUGCAGACCAGCAGGGACAGGCAGGAAGCCUUUGGAUUGCAGGUUCUCUAGUCAGGGAUGCCCAGGAGAGGUGUGGACACCGCCCCUGUAGCCAAUGUCCCAGCUUCCUUCUGUCUUGGUGAAGAAAUCAUAGUUUAUCCACAGCCCUUGGGGUCCUGCCAGCCCUUGGGGGCAGAGGAGGGCAGAUGGAUGGGCCCAGCACCCUGGAGUGUGUGUUGUGAGGGGCACAGGCUCAAACACGUGCUCAGCCCCUCCUCUGGACAGACUCGUCAGACCCCUUAGAGGGGCUUUGCUGCGGCGAUCCCUGAGCAGAAAGGGGUUGGGUAACUCCUCCUGGUGCCCAGGCCCUGACUGGCCUCGGGCAAUGAACGUAUCUCUUUCUCACCCCUCGGCGCAUCCAGUUGGCUGAGGCCACCAGCCAACAGCCCAGCAGACCCUGUAUGCUUGGAUGGCAGGCUUUGCCUGGGUUGCCACAUGCGCCCACAGGAGGAGAGGAGCUGCCCCUUGAGAGGCCUCUGGCUCCCUCCUCACACCCUCUGCUCCUCCAACCUCCACUCUGGGCUCUGUUCCGUCCUGGACCAGGCAGGAACCCUGGACUCCCAGCACAGCCCCUGACGGCCCCACGGCCAAAGGAGCCCAGGCCAGCAGCUCGGGCUUCUUGUUUCUAACGGACACAGAGCUCUGGGUGCUUGGGAGACCCAGGGCACAUUCCCUAGUGCCAAAUGCCCGCAGGGAUGGGCACUCCUGGGGCGAGUCCGAUCCCCCACCUGGCUCGCUUGCUGCUGCCCCUGGCCUUGUGGGAAAUCACAAGGCAGCCUGCCUGCAGGAGCCCUGCCGCCAGCCCAGUCCACUUCAGGUUUGUCUGCCUCGUGUGUGCUGCACCUCAUACCAGGUGCUGGGUUGUGGCAGAGGACAGGCCCUGGAGACAGCAGCCUCAGUGUCCUGCACGGGCAGCCCAGGCCAAUCAGCUCAUCUUGCUCAACAAUGAAGACAUAGCCGUUUUUUCCUGGCACCACCACCCUGGGUGUGGCCAGCUCUGCCCUGUGACCCCAGAUUCAAAAGCAGCUGACAAGAAGGGGAUGCUGGCCAAGCCCCACCUCUAAUGCCUUUGCCCUGGAGGUGGGAGUCCCUGGCUCUCCAGGCCCAGGGCUCUCCAUCGCCCAGCUUAGUCCCUCAAACCACAGUGACUAGGGUGACAGGCAGGUGAGAGGACCCCAGGUCCCAGCCACCCCCCACCAUCUGCAGCAUUAGGGGGCUGGGAGUGGGCUGCUUGGGUCUCCCUGCCCUUGUGUCCCCUGUGCUGCCUUUUCUCUUUCGGAUGCUCUGCCCUGCUCCGUUUCUUGCUCUGUCUCACCCUCCGACCCUGGCCUGCCCAGGGCGUCCUUGGCCAUGUGGUAGAAGCCCCCAGUGAGCAGGUGUCCGGGGCGAAAUUCCCUCCCUGUCCGCCAUGUCUCCCGUCCACGUCGUCGCUGGUGGCUUCGCUGCAGGGAGGGAUGGCUGAGGGGACAAAUGAGUUCUGGCUCCGUCGUGGAUGUGGAUGUGGGAGAGAUGUUACGAGUGACCAGACAUUGGUGAGUCUCUCAUUCCACAGUGGCCCAGUAUGUGCCCCACAGGGGCCGUGCUUAAAUUCUCUAAAUCAAGCCAAGGAGAAACUGAUUUCUAUCAGGGGCGCCGUUGCCAAGCCCGUGACAAUUGUGCCUGCCAUCUAGGUGCCUGUGGGCAGGUUCUGUGCCCUCACAAGAGCCAGGUAUUGGCCUUCGCACCACGAACUGAGAGAGGACCCGGCCUGACUGGAGGGGACAGUGCCCGAGGCCCAGGGAAGGGCUCUGGCCUGAGGAGGGUGUAGGGUCUGCCCCAGCCCUGUGCAGACAGCCCAGGCUGGGGCCUCUGGCCAACAGUUUUGACAUUCUGUUCCAUGGCCACCUCCCAUAGAGCCCAGGAUGCCUGGUGCCCUGUCUCUGUCCCUCCCCUCUAGCCCUAGCAGAGCUUGAGGGCCCAUGGCCACAUGCUUCUACCAUGGGGCAGUGGGCAGAGCCCAGGCAGAAGACCACCACCAUGUAUGCUACCAGGAGGCAGCUCUGCCUCCCAGCCUCUCCCCCAAGUCCAGCUCCACACCCCACUGAGGGGACCUGGAGGCAGCCAUGCCCUCCACAACUGCACUGGACAUCAGUGAGCCUCCCCGGGGCCAGCCAGCAGCCACAAGUGCCCUCCCUACCCAGAGCCCCCAUAACCAGGCUGUCCUUAAA